GCAGGAGGCCCGGGCAAUGUACGUCGGGGAGGAAGUCGCCGAGAUUCCCCCCGAUGAGUUCAUCCAGAUGAUGGUGGUCGACGGCUGCUUCAUUAUCGAGCACCUCAUCAACGUCGCCGCGGGCCACGAGGAGCCGUCGCUGCACGCCACGCCCUUCGGCCCCGCGCAGCUCUCCGUCGAUCUCGUCCUCGCCGAGAACCAGAUGCCCUUCUUCCUCCUCGUUGAUCUCAUCGCCAGCACCAAGCUGCCGGAGUUCGAGGCUUCCGGCCACCCCGCGCCGGUGCUGCUCGUGAAGCUCGUGCUGUACUACCUUGGCAGCGAGAAGGGCCGCGACAUGAGCGAGGAGCUGCCGCCGGCGGAGGGGGUCUCCCACGUCCUGCACCUGCUCCACGAGAUGGUCACCGCGGCGCGGACCCGGUGGGAGCCGCCGCCCAGCGCCACCCAGGACACCGGAUGGGCGCAGGCGGCAUGGCGGCUGGUGCGCCGUCUACCGUCGAUGGUUCUGGUGCCGCUGCUGUACCGGAUUGUCCCCGAGAGCCGCAGGAGGCGUGUGUGGGAGGACGUGCCGUCGGCAAGCGACCUGAAGAGGAUGCGGGUGAAGUUCAAGAAGGCGUCCCGCAGAGUGGGGACCACGCCAGUCGCCGACAUCGCUUUGCUGAUGGGCCCGGUCCCUCUGGCCGUGAAGCUAACGGAGGAUGGCCAGCUGCAGCUGCCGCAGCUGUUGCUCGAGGCCCGGACGGCGCCACUGUUGCUGAACCUGAUGGCGUUCGAGCAGUCUUGGCGGGUCAAGCAGGAGGUGUCGCCGUACGCAGCCUUCAUGGCCAAGUUGGUGCAGACAGCGGAGGAUGCGGGUCUUCUGGCGGCGGCAAAGGUGUUGCAGCACGGCAACGAGAGCAUGGAUGAAGUGGCCAAGCUGUUCCGGAUGCUGGGCGUGGCGAGCGAGGCGGGCGCCAAGCUAGAAACGAGCUACCUAAGCGUGACGCUUGAGGAGCUGAGACGGCUCAGCCAGAGCUGGGCCGACGUGGAACGCCACUACUUCACCUUGCUCGCCGAGUUGCUGGCCUUGGUCACCUUUGUCUCUGGUAUCUCUACCAUAGUCCAGACCUACGCAGCCUUUAAGUAUCAUUGAUCGAUCAUAUUCAUCCGGGCCUUGUAUAAACUGCA